AUGGGAAGCACCCAGGUCUACCACGAUCAGCCGUACCUGAUUGAGGUCUGGGUGCUCUUCGGCGUCGGUGUGCUCGUAUUCCUUGCUCGGUUUAUUGUUCGGAUUCGUACUGUGGGCAUCCGCCAGUUUGCAGGCGACGACUACAUGGCCAUUCUCGUGCUGGCUUGCUACACCGCUGAUGCGGCUACUGUGAGUGUGGUGGUGGAACUCGGACACCGAGAAGGCACGAAUGUGGACUAUACCGCAGAACAGGUUGAGAGACUUACUCCGUCGCAAAUCAAAAGUGUCGAAUAUGGCUCCAAGAUGCAACUACUCGCCUGGUUCACAUAUACUGCUCUGAGUAAGUCCUCUCUGGAAGUAUGGGGUCUAAAGGCUUGCAUGCUGUUCUUUUUUCAUCGAAUCACGUUCGGCUUACCACAAGAACGAUACGUCAAAGCACUUGGCGUAGCCUGCGGUGUCACGUACCUGGCCAUGUUCCUCACGAUCAUGCUGAGCUGUCGACCACUUCACUUAAACUGGCAAGUCAAGCCAAAGCCGCCCGAGCAUUGCGAAGUCCGGAUACAGAACUUCUACGUUUGCACCGUUCUCAACGUGAUCACAGAUGCCGCCUUGCUGGCCGUUCCCAUACCUCUUUUGUGGACACUGAAAAUUCCCUUGCGCAAGAAAAUCACGAUAGGGAUAUUACUCUCCUCUGGCAUCUUCGUCAUCACGGCUGCUCUCACGCGAAUUGUGAUGACAUUGAAAGCAAACCCUUCGGCGACGGUGAUCAACCGAUGGGGAGUACGAGAAACGAUAGCAGGAAUUAUUGCAGUCAAUGCGCCAAUUCUACAGCCUAUGUGCAAGAAAUCGUUCUACUCAAAAGGAUUUCGCAUAUCAAAUGGCUCAUCGAACCCAGUGCAGCCGCAGAACGACGAGGGAGGGUCUGGUUCCAGGGACAAGUCAAGCGGUAUCAAAAGCAAUGCCGAUUCCACAUUGAGCAAAUCAGCUCACAAGCCGGCAGCAACAGAGCUAAGCCCGGCAUCUGGACCCAAAGUCGGCAAACGAGCAACAAUUGCACUGCCCCCGACAACUUUCAGCAGACCACCGCUCAUGACACCAAUAGCGGCCGAACUGCGAGAGAUUGAGCGCAUCGAUACGCGGCUCGACGAGACUCCAGGACGUGAAAUCAUUACUGGGCAAGACCAUUCCUUUGAGAACGGUGACUAUUUCGGAGUGAUAGACAUUGAGCACGGAGCGCGUCCUUCACCGCCCGACCCUGUCGAGAUCAUUGAGGGAGAACGAUAUCGCGUGGCAUCCAUUUUCCCACCAGCGAAAGAACUGGAGCCUCCGCCACCACAAAUUCCAAGAAGAUGGUCGGAGACGGUGAGAGCAUCGCGACUCUCCACACAGUGGCGCCAUUUGACUCGGUCGGUGAGCUUACCAUGGUCUGGGCAACAUUCCAGAGAGCAUUCGGGCCAACAGUAGUUGUGUCUGUCUCUCGGGUUUGUGGGCGGCGUGAGCUCUGGUUACGAUGCAAGAUACCCUACUGUUUAUGAAUAAUGGCAUUUCAGCGGCACACUUUUAUUUGAUCCAGAUUGGUGGUGGGAGCACGGAGCUGGUAUGGAAUCAUUUCAUUGGAGG